AUGGUGACCAAACCCAAUCGUUGCAUAACGAAUCUACCAGUGGUCGCUAUACAGACACUAGUGCCGGAGCAAGCUACACGAGCGCUAACGCAUCUACGUCAACAAGAACUGCCAAGUCCUAUUCAAGUAAGCUUACAAGGAGGGAAGUUUCUGACGUCAAGAGGAAAAAGGGCUCUCGAAGGAUUUACUGCGUACGCGUGCCAAGCCACGACUAUAAAGGAAGUCUCACUCGCUCAGAAAGUAAUCAAGCUCUCCUUCGAGGGAACACCGCCAGUCAGCGUCUUCGAGAUCGACAAUCUCCCAGUUAUACUGCAAAAUAUCGAAGACAAAGCUGGUUGA